AUGGUAACGGCUAGAGGGGUGAAAUGUGGUGGGAUCCUCUCUGCCUCUUCCGGCAACAUCUCCAGCCCCAACUACCCAGGUCUGUACCCGUACAACAUGGAGUGUGUGUGGCUGAUUGUAGUGGCCGAGGGGUCCUCCGUCCUGCUCACCUUCCACGACUUUGAGUUGGAGUAUCACGUCACCUGCUCCUACGACCACAUCAAGAUCUAUAACGGUGUAUCCGAGGAUGAGGGAAACCUCCUGGGGACGUUCUGUGGUGUCAUGUCCCCUCCUCAGUUCACCUCCUCCUGGAAUGUUAUGUCGAUCAUUUUCCACUCCGAUCGUCAUGUGACUCACAGAGGGUUCUCUGUGAGCUACAGGAAAGAUAUGUGUGGUGGGGUCCUAACUGGUCUGUCUGGCAUCAUCUCCAGCCCCGGCUACAGUCCAGAUACCCAGUACAGCAACAACGCUGACUGUUCCUGGACGGUCCAUGUAUCCAACCGCAGCGUGGUCAGUCUGGUCUUCCUCGACUUCCAGCUGGAGAACAACGAGGGCUGUAAUUUUGACUUCGUGGCUCUCUUCGACGGCCCCACCGUCACUCACAGACACCUGGGGAACUACUGUGGAGGGGAGAAGCCUCCUAAAAUUGUUACUACCUCCAAUCAGCUGCUGGUGAUGUUCAAGUCUGACUUCAACAUCGGGGGACGAGGGUUCAAGGCUUACUACUACUCAGGUGAAUGCCAGCAGGUGCUGUCUGUACCAAGUGCGAAUUUCACCAGCCCCCACUACCCUAACAUCUACCCAAACAACAUCAACUGUCACUGGACCAUCAACCUGGCCGGGGGCUACCGCAUCAAACUGUUCUUCAACGCUAUAGAGCUAGAGGACAGGAACAGCCUAUCAGACGAGUGUGACUAUGACUCUGUAGCGGUGCAUGAUGGGAGCAGGGAGACAGCCCCGUUGCUAGGGCGAUGGUGUGGCUCGGAACAACCCGGGUCUUUGAUCUCUAAGAGCAACAACAUGCUGGUGGUCCUCAGUACAGACAGGAACUAUGCUUAUAAAGGGUUCUCUGCUUCCUAUGUAGGAGUGGUACCAGUUAACAUCAGCUGUACGAGGACAGAGUUUACCAUCCACAUCUCCCAGCAGUCACUGCCUGGGCUGGAACGUGAGAGUAUCUAUCUGGGGGACCGCUCCUGUACCGCCCAGCUGACACCUACCACCUAUAAGAUACUGGCACGCUUCGAAAAAUGUGGCACUGCAGGCCAGCCACGGCGUAACAUCACCAUGCUGGUGAACACGCUCUACAUCGACUUCUCCGACGGGAAGGGGCGGAGCAUCCAGGAGUAUGAGGUACAGUGCGACGCCCAGCGCAAGAUGGCCACCAUUCACAUUGUCUCAGCCGAGGAGCGCCAGAAGAUGAACGAGCUGGCCCGACGCCAAGCAGAGGGGUCCGGGGGAGGUGGAGGGAAGGAGGCAGACCCAGAGCCUCACGACCCCAGUGAUAUAGUGUUUAUUAGCAUCUGUGUGCUGGCUGUUGUACUGAUGGUGAUUGCUGUAAUCUGGCUGGUACUGCUUUAG